UGUUGUUGGCCCGGAAGCGGAAGUGACUCCCCGAGGUCAGCAGCAGCCAGACAGGACUCUGCCGGCGCGGAGUGGGGGAGGGGACUGUUGUUGUUGGCUUUACUCUUCUUGCUGCUGCGGCGGGUCCGGCCCGGCGCGUCAUGGCGGCCGCGGCCCUGCCCGCGCUGCCCCCGCAGUUCAAGAGCAUGCAGCACCACCUGCCCGCCGGGCAGGAGCUGGACAAGCGGGAGCCCGUCGUGGCGUACUACUGCCGUUUGUAUGUUAUGCAGACAGGGAUGAAGCUUGACAGUAAAACUCCAGAAUGCCGUAAAUUUUUAUCCAAACUUAUGGAUCAGUUGGAAACUAUGAAGAAGCAAUUGGGUGAUAAUGAAGCUAUUACUCAAGAAAUAGUUGGUUGUGCCCAUGUGGAGAAUUAUGCUUUGAAAAUGUUUCUGUAUGCAGACAAUGAAGAUAGAGCUGGGCAAUUUCACAAAAACAUGAUAAAGUCCUUUUAUACUGCAAGUCUCCUGAUAGAUGUUCUGACAGUAUUUGGGGAGCUCACUGAUGAGAAUGUCCAACACAGAAAGUAUUCUAGAUGGAAGGCUGCAUAUAUUCAUAACUGCCUAAGGAACGGAGAGACUCCUCAGCCUGGACCUAUUGGAAUGGAAGGAGAAGAUUAUGAUGAUGAUGAUAGAGAAGUCGGCUUAUCUAUUCUGCCUGGUCAAGUGUCUCAGCCGUCAACGUCAACAGCUGAACCAAGUGACAUGCCAACUAGUAACUACACUGGUAUACAUAUCCCACCUGGUGCACAUGCUCCAGCCAACACUCCAGCUGAAGUACCUCAUAGCACAGGUGUAGCAAAUAAUACCAUUCAACCCACUCCACAGAAUAUCCCUGCUGUAGAUUCUUCUCUUUACAAUGCUCAAUCUGCAGGGGAAGUGCGUUUGACACCAGAGGACUUUGCCAGAGCUCAGAAAUAUUGCAAAUAUGCUGGCAGUGCUUUACAGUAUGAAGAUGUGAGCACUGCUGUGCAGAAUCUACAGAAGGCCCUCAGGUUGCUGACUACAGGCAGAGAAUGAAGCCUUUGUCCAACAGAUUCAAGUCUUUUGCCUAAAGAACUAACAGUCUAUUACUCUACCUUCCGCCUAUUGGGGGAUCACAGUUUUAUGAAGGCUCUCAAUCCCAUUGCCCAUGACAAUGAAAUCAGUGUCUUGGUAUCAGAUUCCCACUGUAGCAGUAAUUGGCAACCACAAACAGUUUUCAUUUUCCACACAGUGGAACUAGAAACAUCUGAGGGCAGUUGACUGAUAUGUUAAGAUACCAGAGACUCUUAUCUGAGCACUGCUAACAAGUUAGAGCUAAUGCUAUGGUAUUUAGACUAUUUGGAGAAAAACAUUGCGACUUUCUUUAGCAGUUUGGAAGAACAAAGAAAAGUGCUAUACUAGAAUUCUGAGUCUGAAUUUUUCGCUUUUAACAAAGAUGUAAAAAUUAUAAUGAUUCUGGAACUGCAAAUAAAAUGAAGGCUUUCAUGCUGAAAUAUAGGUACCAAGAAUGUGAUAUGAUCUCAUGGUAUAGCUAAAGUAUUGGAAGGAAGGUUUGUUUUGUCUUAAUAAAAUAGAAUUUAAUCAUCAUUUGUCAGUAGUUGCUAGCUACACACAAGGUGAAGGUGUGGGUAGCCUGAUGGUGGGAGGAAAGACAUGGGAAUUUCUUUUUAAGUUUGUUCUAGCUCCUUGGGUAAAAUAUCUUUGGUGCUCUUCUCCCCAGCCUGAAAAUGGACUGCAUGGUUUUUGGUUACAGGUUUUUCCACCUUUGGCAUGGGCAGUCUAAAUUUUGUGUACACUAAGAACACUUCAAAGAAGGGACUGUGGUCUUGAACCUCAAGCCAAGGUUCUAGCUCUUGAACUUUGUGGGUAUUUACAUCUAAUUUCAAGCUUCACACUUGCCUCAUGUUUUUAUUAGGCUCAACCAAGCCUGUACUUUGCCACCGUCAGAGUUUACUGAGAGGCAAAAUUGGUCAUUUCUGUUAGUGCCACUAAUGCUGGGCGUGUCCAGCUCCUAUCCUGCCCUGCAUGCUUUCUUGUGGAGACUUUCGCAACUCUAACAUUGAUUAAAAUAUUUCAAAGCUGAAUGUUAAAGCCUCUUA